CCGAAGCCGAGGCCCGCUCGCGUUUUUUUUUUUGUGCGCUCUGUCCGGGAUUUACGCGCCUGAUCCAAAAUGUGCCGGUGAUCCCUGCUGGAGGACUCCAGGCUGCAGACACACUCCGACAUGAGGAAAGCCACGCUCAACUUUCUGGGUCGAAAGAACCAGUCCCUGUUCGACACCAAUGUAAAAAUGAAGGAAAUCGACAAUGUGGAUUUUGUUCCGUCAUCAACCGUCGUCACAGAGUCAGGCACAGCCAGCGUGCGAGCCAGACCCACUGUCAAGCAUCACGCUUCGACUGACAAUUUUCAAGGGUUUGCCGUUCCGACACCAAAGGUCCCCGUCCUGCCUCCCAUCAAUGGUCCAAAGAUCAAUGGUUCAGUUGGUGGAAGUCGCUCGUACAAUGGCUCCGUUAUAUCUGUGCCUGACCUUGUAGAAGGGGAAAUAUUGGUCCCUCCCCACCCCUCUGUGGCACCGCCGCCACCUCCUGGGACUUUUAUCCUUCCCCCUCCAGACUUCUUGGGAGACCUCAACAGUCAAGAGCUGGCAAACCUUCAGGCUGUUUCUGUGCCUGCGCCCAAACCCAUGGCAUUGGCACAAUCUGGGGUGAAUGAGGAUUUGUCCUUCUUAAAACCACCAUCAAUGGCUCCACCAAAGGUCCCUUCAUCUGGCCCUGCAUCCCCUGCACCCAUUUAUAGUCCAACACAGGCCAAAGUUCCUCAGCAUCCAAGUUAUGCGCCGCCAAUGCCCCCGACUGAUAAACAAUUCAGGACUGAAAAGACGCCGCCCCCCAAGCCCCUCAGAUUCUCCUCUGUCUCCAGUCUUGACUCCCCGCCACUGACUCCUGCUCCACCUCCUCCCGCGAAGACACCCGCGUUGUCCACCUUCAAUCCCCAAAACAAAGCAAAGCUUUAUAAUGUUCCGAAGCCCACAGAUUUCGGUGUGUAUGAGGACCUGAGGCCGAAGCAGAUGUUACUUAUGGAAGAUUCUGUGUAUGCUAACUCUGUGCCUAAAGUGGUUCCAACAUCCAAACCUACCCACAGAGAUGCUCAGGACCUGAAGGAGACAUUGCGAAGUGCACAACCGUCAAAAUCGCCCCUUCCUGAGGUAAAAAAGGAGGCUAGAACCGGGCCAGUAGAAAUAAGCAAAAUGCUGAAUGGUCCAUCUCAGAAGUCCCCACAGCUUGUGAAAGUGAAUGGAACGAUACCAAGUUUAGAGUCCACAAAGUCCAAAUUUGAAGCAUCUCAAGAUCAGAACCUCAAGUUCAGUCCACUGUUGGAUCGUAAGCUACGUAACAUAAAGGGUGAAACCAACGGGCCGCGAGAGGGGUCUGCGGCAUCUCCCCUGGCUCUUUUGAAGGCAGCAAAGGAAAGAGAGAAACACAGAUCUGUUAACACUUCAUUACAGGACGACAACACCAGUAACCACAGCCAGCCGGGUACAGGCAACCACCUGAGCUACUUAAGCCAAAAUUCCUCUGCUGCCAACCCUCAGCAAGCCUUGUAUUCGUCUGUACUACCAAAGGAACAAAGACUCCGGGAGACUCCAAAGUCUGCACUCAUGGACCAAACACAGAAAGUAUUGAACCCAGCAAAAUAUGACAGUACUGCACUGAUCAAGAGUCGAACGCCAUCUACUGGUCCAGCUCCCAGUCAGACUGCAAGUACAGCCCCACCUGUGAGAAACCUGGUGGAGCCCAAACAGUAUGUACAUCAAAGUCCAUCAAGGUCCCAGCCUGCAUCGCCUGAGGACAAUAAAGCUGAGGUAAAUAUACCGUUUCUCCCUCCACCGCCAGAGUUUGGUGACUUUAUGGAGCCACCUCCAUCCAUCCUACCACCAGACCCGCCAAAGAAAAAGGUACCAGUGCCGACUGUCACCGCUUACCCUCAAGCUCCAGCACCGCCACCGCCACCUCCUCCUCCUCCAAAAGCAGUGGCCCCUCCACCUACGAAGUUCCCCGUUCCUGACUUUGAUGUAAAGCUGAAGCCAACCUCUCAGACAACUCCCAAGCCAGCCGCCGCUCAGCAACCAGCCACUCUCUCUCCCAGCCAGGUCACACUCCUGAGCAUCCUACAGAAGAAAAUGUUGGAGAUGGACCAGAAAAUGUCCCCAAUGAAUGAGGCCGAAUCCAAUUCUGAUGACUGGGGCUCUCCUUUGUCCGACGAGAACAAUAGCGCCCCUGUUGUACCCAAAGUCAAACCGCAGACCAAGAGUUACCCUGCCGCCAGCAAAGCAACCGCGCUGGACAUGAGGGAAUUAGAAAAUAAAAUGGCCAGAAAACCACUAGAGACGUCGUCAGUGAAACUUCCCCCCACCAGCAACGGAUCUCAACACCAGUCCAAACAUCAGUAUGGUAUGACGUUAACAGUCCGCCCUGGAACCAGGAAUCCCAUCACCGUUGUUAGAAGAGGAGAUCCUUAAAGAUCCACGGAAAAGCUAACGGUGCACAUUGCGUGUCAUUGUAAAGUUUUUUCUAGCACAACUUGUGAAAACAUUUUCAGCAGAUGAGUUUUACAAAAGUGAUAUAACACGUGUAUCUCAGGAGGAAGGUCUGCUUCUUGUGAGGAUCACACUGUUCGUGUUUUAUUCCCCAUUUGUAUAUAAGUGUUAGUGUUUUCAGGUGGACAACUUUUAAAAGCUUUUUUUUGCUGCUACGAGGUACACUUGUUGCCCUUUUAACUACAGCUCUUAAUCAGUCUCAGCUCUACAUGGGUGAUAGUCUUUUUAUAGGUAAAACAAUUCAGUGAAAAUGGAGUGUUGAGCAUGAAGUGUUUCACAGAUUCAUCUAUAACCUUGAUUGUAAAAUAGAAUAAUGUAAAAUAUAAAUGCUGUUCAAGCUGUAAUUAUAGAACCCCAAAUAGAAACGCCUUACACUGUUACAUGUACAUUAUGUAGGUCUUCUGAAACAAAUCCAACAGUUAAAUCAGAAAAGUGCCUUUACUGCUACAAAGCAUUUUUCAUAUUUAUUGAUCUAAGAAAUGUUUUACCAUAUGUAUUCAUGCCAUUUUACUGGAGUAAUGUCCGUGUUUCUAUAGGUACAUGUUUUGUUGUACAUACAUGUUUGUGUAAAGUUUAAAUAAUUUUGUAAGGUAUAGUUUAAUGUUUAAGGAUUAAAAAAGGAAUCAAACUCAGUUAUCUUCGCUAAAUGUAGUUGGACGACUUUCGACCGAGAAAAUAAAAAAAAACAAUAUCUGCAUUGCUCAAUAUGGAAAUCCUCGUUUGUUUGUGUAUUAACCCUAUGCUUCACAAAGAAACAUUAAGAACUGAAUUAUUUAAGUACUCAUUUUUAAUAAGGCAGUAUUUAAUAUAGAUAUAUAUGUAUAUUCAACCCCUUGAUGAGCAUAUCACCUCUUGUUCUGCCAUCUAGAACCAAUACAGAGCAGGUUAAAAUGUAAAAAAAAAAAAAAUACAAAAAUGUAUCACAUAUUCAUUAUGGCUUUACCAGGUGAGGAUUAUAGAGUGCUGGAGUCGAUCGACGCUAGACGCUAACAAUGAGCAAAGCCUGGAUACACCCUGGACAAACAGUCCACAGAGAGACAGACAGACACACACUCUUCAGUUCAUAGCCACGGACAAAUUAGGGUGACCUGAACCUUAAAUGUUUGUUUUUGGACUUUGGGAGGAAAUCAAAGGACACAGGUAAAACCCACGCAUGCACAUGUAGAACAUGCAGACUGCACACGGAAAUGUCAAACACGAACUGAAACCCAAGAGUGCAAACCACAAGUGUGUAUUCCCUCCAGGAGAAACAGAAAAACACACCUACUUUUAACUGAAAUAUUGUGUAUACAGUAAGCACAAAAUUACUUCUAAAUAAGUAAAAUUUCUCAGUAAAUCUAUUUCUAAAGGACAUGACAUGAUUUUUUUUUAUUAUUAACGUUGAUAACAGUCCACAUGUGGAAAAUAAGACACCAGCUGAAAUAAAUCAGUAAUUAGCUUAUCCUGCACCUUCUUAGUGCUAAUAGAUUUCAGCUGGCUUAGUGAGCUGACCGUCAAAAAAAAAAAAAGGUGUCACAGCAAACAUUUUAUGACGUGAAUGCAACUCUGUUGUUACAAAACAUUCUAAUGGAAUCCCAGUGUUGGGAAAUUAAUAUAUUACAGUCUGUGGUUGCACAACAGGCCAGGGCAAGUAAUCUACUUUGCGAACAUACAGGUUUCCAAACUGAAUUUUCCACUUAGCAUCACUGGAGCUUUAAUCCAGAAGUGGAAGUAAUGUCAUGUCAUUGUAUCCUAGUUUGACCUAAUUGCUCCUUGCAGGAUUUCUGAAGAGUUUCCCAAAAGCCAAAGAUUUGUGUAGAGUUCCAAAGACCAAAGGAAAAAUAGUAAUGGACUUCACCACCAUGGUCUGUAAGACGUGCAUUCUCCACACAAGACUCCAUUGCUCUAAGAAACAAGGAUGUUGGUGUUUUAAGAUCUGUGAAGUAAGGGGAUAAUGUUUGAUAAAAAUUAUAUUUUUGGGAGCCAUAUGAAACACUGCACUUAGAGGGAAAUGCAGAUCACCCCAAAUGUACAGAAGAGUAAACUGUGAAGGUGGGAAUUUCAUGAUAUGUGGCUAUUUUUCAGCAAAUAGCAUCAGCAAACCCUAAGAACGAAUAGAAAAAAAGUCACUGAUUAGAGUCUGCUGCCAUCUGGCAGAGAGGACAUGAAA